AUGUUAUUCUCGAUCUCGGAAAGAUAUAAGGCCAUGGGUCAAUCAAAUCAGCGAUCUCAAGUUUAUUAUUUGUUUGAUACAAUAUAUACUAACGUUCCACUCAGCCCUCAGAAUAGUCGAUAUCAUCCGAAGGUUAAGGGCAAAUUUAAUUUUAGACUAAGCUAUAAGCUGAAGAAUGUUAUCGUGUCCCUACUGACAAUUGCAUGCAUUUUUUUCCUUAUAAAACAAACUAUGGAUAGAAAUGGCAGCACACCGAGAUCUUAUGCUGGUUUGUUAAGUAUAUCAGAUUCAUACGAUACUGCUGUGUUGGAAGAAUCGGAAUAUUAUAACUUUGAGUAUAGGCCACUGGAUCUGGAUACGGUUCGUCGAUAUGAUGAUGGUUUCAAACAUAUUCUUAUCGAUCAAGAUGGGACGUUGAAUUCCAAUCAAGAGGAGGGUUUUGAGGAGCAUCUAGACAUGCUGUUGUCUACUACUGUGGAAACGUAUGAUCUAUCGAAGUAUGCUGGCACGGCUAAUGGUGCUGAAAAUCGGGAACAUGUGUUGAUUUGUGUGCCAUUGAGAAAUGCGGAGAACGUGUUACCUUUGAUGUUUAGACAUCUCAUGAAUCUAACGUAUCCACAUGAAUUGAUCGAUUUGGCAUUUCUGGUAAGUGACUGCUCCAAAGACGACCACACAAUGGAUAGCUUAAUUAGUUAUGCUGAGGAGUUGCAAAAAGGCACAUUAUCCAAAUCUCUCAAAUUACAAGACGCAUAUAAAAUGCAUAAAAAAUCGAAGAGCAAAAAUAAGGAGGGUGAUUUGCACUUAAAAUACAUGAAUAAGGAUUAUUUAAAUAUGGUUGAAAAUGCAUUAAAAGAACCCUUCCAUAAAAAUUACGAUAAACCUUUCCGUUCCGUUCAGAUAUUUCAGAAGGAUUUUGGUCAGAUCAUAGGCCAAGGCUUUAGUGACAGGCAUCAUGUUAAAGUACAAGGUACAAGACGUAAGCUGAUGGGUAAGGCCAGAAAUUGGCUAACAGCUAAUGCGCUUAAACCUUACCAUUCGUGGGUCUAUUGGAGAGAUGCUGAUGUAGAAUUGUGCCCAGGUUCUGUAAUAGAAGACUUAAUGUCGGUUGGGUAUGACGUUAUCGUACCAAACGUCUGGAGGCCAUUGCCGGAGUUCUUAGGCAGCGAGCAAGAAUAUGACCUAAAUUCAUGGAUUGAAUCUGAUAAUGCAUUAAAUUUAGCAAAGACAUUGGAUGAAGAUGACGUUAUUGUUGAGGGAUAUGCAGAGUAUGCGACAUGGAGAUUCCAUUUAGCAAAUAAUAGAGAUCCUCAGGGUAACACUAUGGAUGUCCUUGAUUUGGAUGGUGUUGGUGGUGUUUCUAUUUUAGCAAAAGCAAAAUUGUUCAGAAACGGCGUUCAUUUUGCAGCAUUUGCAUUCGAAAACCAUGCAGAGACCGAAGCUUUUGGUAAGAUGGCCAAAAAAAUGGGCUACAGAGUUGGAGGGCUAUCACAUUAUACACUAUGGCAUAUCUAUGAACCAAGCAACGACGAUUUGAUGGAGAUAGCUAGAAAGGAGAGAAGUAGCAGAAGAUCAUGA